UGCUUCCUGUGUCACAGCUGAUGUGGAUGAGCAUAAUAAAGCCUGUCCUUUUUGUUCUUUAGUGAUUUUACCCAGCCAGUAACAGAGACUGAACUGUAUAGUUUUCAACACCUGUUAAGUAAUGAAUGUUACAGAUAGCAGUAUGAUUCGGUUUCACCUACAAGUUCUUUAUGGGAUAACUGUGAAGAGCUUUGAGAAGCAAGGGGAGAGACUGUUCUUCAGUGGUGCAAAGAUCUUUGGUGUUCCUCUAGAAAAUGUACCCAGGCGAUACAUACCUGAGUUUGGCCUCGUACCCUGCUUUUUGGUGGAUGCUUGUGUGUUUCUUCUGGAGCGUGCUGGGACUGUAGGCCUGUUCAGAAAGCCAGGUGCUCUUUCUCGCAUUAAGACCCUCAGGGCCAAGCUGAACAGGGGAGAGCAGUGUUUAUCCACAGCCCACCCCUAUGAUGUUGCCACUCUGAUCAAACAGUUUUGUAGAGAACUACCAGAACCAUUGUUUCCCUCUGAGCUCCAUGCAGCUCUGCUCAAAGCCCAGGAACUAUCUAACAUGCAGGACAGGCGGUCAGCCCUCCAGCUGCUGUCCUGUCUGCUACCUGCCAGAAACUGCUCCUGUCUGCAUUACCUGUUUGACUUUCUCUCCAAAGUCUCCCACAGAUGCGCUGAAAAUCUGAUGACCAGCUCCAACCUCGCCACUGUCUUUGCCCCAUGUCUUUUACCGCCUCCAAACAUGUCAGAGAUGAGUGAAGGACGACUUGAACUCAGGGUUCUUCUCCUGCGCACCUUCAUUGAGAAUCCUCGCUUAUUUGGUGUUAUUCCAAAGGCUGUGAGGGACAGUAUGGAAUUCCUGAUGAACUUCCGGUUUCUGAAACGAGCACAAUCAAAACAAGGCCAAAGAGAAAAACACAGUUUCAGAGAAAAACACAGUUUCAAAGGAAAAGCAAAAAUAAUACAGAGUGUAAAGACUGUGCCCUGGAUUCAGGGGAGGUCAAAGGUCCCACCUCCUCCGGUCGCUGAGCAGAGCCCAGGCUCCUCAUCAGGAGGAAAACCAACCCUCAGGAGAAGCAUUGGUAUGGACACCUUCCCCAAUAUCCUUCUGUUUAGGGCCAUCAUGCCUUGUGCAGAUCAAGGUUUCAGACCUGCACCAGAUUUAUUUGAUGGUUCCAGUCCUAUUGGCAAAGAGACCUGUAAGACAUCGCAAGAGAAAUUAAAAAGAGAUCUGCGUUCAUAUCAUUUCCCCAGACGUAGCAGAGGGCUUGAUGCAGACAACUCUCCUGUGCUCACUGCUGUGGGGAAACUGAAGUUCACACCUUGGAGAAGACGUGCUUCACUAUAGUAUUUAAAGUAGACAUGUUGAUUGCCCCAAAUACAGCAUUUUAGGUCAUGAUCUCUGAUUCACCAGUUUAUAUUCUUAAAGUAACAUACUGUGUUUAUAGGAAGUAACUUAAGUUAUGUUUUAGCAUUGUUUAUUUUAAUAAAUUUAUCUUUUACUCUAUUUCACAACAAGACUAUUAGUCUUAGGUAUCCAGAUGCUUAAAUUGUUUUUUCUGAAGUGUAUUUUUACCUGUGCAAGUGUAAAGUGAGGCAGUUCACUUGUUUAUCAUCAGUUUAUCUUGAAUGGAAACCAAAGAUUCAAACUCAAAAUGCCAAGAAUGUGUAUAUAAAAGCAAUUUUUUAAA